UUUGACAAAUGUAAAUAGAAUCAUAUUGAACACGUCAAAUUUUACCAAAGAAAAAAGUAGAAAUAUAAAAUAUUGCCGGAUUAGUGCCUGGUUUAUAUAAAUAUGACCCUUUUCUAAGCCACGACUAGUAUCCCCCUAAGUUCUAUAUAUCAUCUAUAAAUUAUACAAAUUCAUUAUGGGUGUUCUGUUUAGCUACUUUAAAAGCCUUAUUGGGGCUAGGGAAAUGCGAAUCUUAAUUUUGGGGCUCGACGGAGCUGGGAAAACUACCAUUUUGUAUAGACUACAAGUUGGGGAAGUGGUAACGACCAUUCCUACCAUAGGGUUUAAUGUAGAACAAGUUACAUAUAAGAAUUUGAAGUUUCAAGUGUGGGACUUGGGAGGACAAACCAGUAUUAGGCCUUACUGGAGGUGCUACUACAGCAAUACAGACGCCAUAAUAUACGUAGUAGAUUCAGCCGAUAAGGAACGAAUGGGCAUAUCAAAAGACGAAUUAUUCCAUAUGCUUAGGGAAGAAGAGCUCCAAGAUGCUAUCUUAGUAGUUCUAGCUAACAAACAAGACAUACCCGGCUGUAUGUCCCUAAAAGAAGUGCAUCAAGCAUUAGGUUUAGACGCGCUAAAAAAUCGCACUUUUCAAAUAUUUAAAACAUCGGCCACGAAAGGUGAAGGUUUAGAUAUGGCAAUGGAAUGGCUGGCGAACACGCUGAAAAACCGGAAAUAGCACUUUUUCGCGGGAAAUUUUUUUAUGUAUUUAUUUUCUAGUCUGUGUAAGGGUGUCUGCCAGAAGCACAUAACAAGCCUAAUAAGAUGUAAAGUUUAGUUAGGUUGUGUUUUUUUUCGUUCUUUAAUACUAUGGUAAUAUUCGUACUUUGUGGAAACGGGAUGAAUUUUCACUAAUGUAAUACCAUUCCAAGAUUAGCACACUAAAACAAUCCACAUAAUUUAACUAUUCGAAUGUUAAAAUUGUCUUCAUUUUAAAAUAAACCUAAUAUUUUGUACUAUGUAGUUUUAAAUGUAAUCUAUAUUUAUCGCAAGCAUAUAUGUUUUAGAUUGUAUGUAAAUAAAUUACUUAGCAUUUUCAGGA